AUGGAGACUUUGCACCUGGCUCCAUUCUUAGUGCUUAAAUAUCCCAACCUGAAGCUGAAGAAGCCACCCUGGCUGCACAUACUAUUGGCCAUGACUGUGUAUGCUCUGGUGACAGUGUCUUACUUCCUCAUCACUGGAGGAAUAAUUUUUGAUGUUAUUGUUGAACCUCCAAGUGUUGGCUCUAUGACUGAUGAACAUGGGUAUCAGAGGCCAGUACCUUUCUUGGCCUACAGAGUAAAUGGACGAUAUAUUAUGGAAAGACUUGCAUCCAGCUUCCUGUUUACCAUGGGAGGUUUAAGUUUCAUAAUCCUGGACCCAUUGAACGCACCAAAGAUCCCCAAACUCAAUAGAUUUCUUCUUCUAUUCAUUGGAUUUGUCUGUGUCCUAUUAAAUCUUUUCAUGGCUAGAGUAUUCAUGAGAAUGAAACUGCCACGGAGUCUCGCUCUGUCGCCCAGGCUGGAGUGCAGUGGCGCGAUCUCGGCUCACUGCAAGCUCCACCUCCCGGGUUCAUACCAUUCUCCUGCCUCAGCCUCUCCGAGUAGCUGGGACUACAGGCGCCCGCCACCACGCCCGGCUAAUUUUUUGUAUUUUUUAGUAGAGAUGGGGUUUCACCGUGGUCUCGAUCUCCUGACCUCGUGAUCCGCCCGCCUCGGCCUCCCAAAGUGCUGGGAUUACAAG